AUGAGUUGGAUGUUCCUCAGAGACCUCCUAACUGGAGUAAAUAAAUACUCAACCGGAAUUGGGCGGAUUUGGUUGGCUGUUGUGUUCAUCUUCCGUUUGCUGGUCUACAUGGUGGCAGCAGAGCAUGUGUGGAAAGAUGAGCAGAAAGAGUUUGAGUGCAACAUUAAACAGCCUGGUUGUGAAAAUGUGUGUUUUGAUCACUUCUUCCCCAUUUCCCAGGUCAGACUUUGGGCCUUACAGCUGAUCAUGGUCUCUAUGCCUUCACUUCUUGUGGUUCUACAUGUAGCCUGUUGUGACAGUAGAGAGAAAAGGCACAGAAAGAAACUCUAUGUCAGCCUAGGUGUGAUGGAUGGGGGUCUGUGGUACACUUACCUGAUCAGUCUCAUUGUUAAAACUGGUUUUGAAAUUGGCUUCCUGGUUUUAUUUUACAAGCUGUAUGAUGGCUUUAGUGUUCCGUACCUUAUGAAGUGUGAUUUGAAACCUUGUCCCAACACUGUGGACUGCUUCAUAUCCAAACCCACCGAGAAAACGAUCUUCAUCUUCUUCUUGGUUAUUACCUCAUGCCUGUGCAUUGUGUUGAAUUUCAUUGAACUGAGCUUUUUGGUUCUCAAGUGCCUUAUUAAGUGCUAUCUCCAAAAACACUCUAAGACACUCAAGUCUUCAGUGUGUGAGUGCCACAACCUCAGAUAUGUUGAAUGUGGUGGGAUAGGGGCUCCUCCCCUGCUCCAGAAUUGCCACUCAGACUCAGCCAUAAGCACACUGCACACCCCUGAACCCCCUCCCUCCCGAGGUAAAACAAAACUGCUUUGUGAUACACAAGAGGGUUGGCAAGGAGAAUCUGCAUCCUUCCUAAGCAAGACCUAA